CAAAAACAAAGGAGCAAGUAAAAAGCCUGCAAAGGUACGGACGCCCACGCUGAUAGAUGGCCUUACCAAAGAGGAGAUGUCCAAGGAGCAGCUUGAGGAGCACAUCGUGCGCCUUCGAGAAGAGCUGGAUAGAGAGAGGGAGGAGAGAAACUACUUUCAGCUGGAGAGGGACAGAAUCCGCACCUUCUGGGAGACCACAGACAGACAACUGGAGGAGGUCAAGGCUGAACAGAAAAACCUAGACAGGGACAUAGAAGAUGAUGAGAGGCGCCAUCAAGUAGAAGUCAAGGUGUAUAAGCAGAAGAUGAAGCACCUCCUGUGUGAACACCAGAACACAAUCUCUGAGUUGAAAGCACAUGGCUUAGUCUCCGCUGAGGCGGUGCAGAAAGAGCAGGAACAAUUAGAAACUGAGCUUCAUAAGGAAAUGAGGGCCAUCAUGGUGGACAUGCAGGAGCUCGACAAUGAAAAUCUCAUCAAGGAGCUUGAAGUGAAACAUAAUGAAGAAAUGAUUAAAACAAGGGACAUGUGGGAGAAACAACUCACAGAAAUUGCAACCAGGUAUGAGAAGAAGAUGAAGGUGCUUCCACAAGAGUUGGACAACAUGAGGAAAAAUGGAAUCAUUGAGAGAGAAGAUCACUGGAACAGCCACAUCAAUGGCCUUAUAGAAGACCACAACAAAGCUUUCAGUGAUGUUAAUGCCCUUGUUAAUCACAUGCAUCAGGAUGAGGAUUUGAACAUCGUACUGGGGGUACAAAUUGAAGAACUGAGGAUGAAACAGGAGAAGACGGCGAAAGACCUGAGCCCUGUUGUGCAGGAUAAUAAACGUCUCUCUGAGCUUCUCUUGAAAGUCAAGGAGGAAAUUGCUGAAAACGAGAAAAAAAUGAAAUACAAAGCAAUGGAAAAGGUUGUCUCCAGUGAAAAGGUCAAAGAAAAGGAGCUGAGGGAUCUCAAAUUGGAAUAUGAAGCACUGGAACAGAAAUUCCACAAGCUGGAGCUGGAAAGGAACGAGCUAUACCAGACAUACUCUCAGAAUAUUCAGAAGGUGCAGCAUAAAGCAGGUCUGAAAAUUAUUGCUCUGGAAAGGAAACAGAAAGCCCUGACAGACAACCUGGAGAAGACACAGGCUCAGCUCCACUCUGUGCUUUCGGCCUCCAACAUGGACCACACUGCCCUUUGUGGGAUCACUAACAAAACUGAGGAAAAACUGGACUCCAGUAAGAAUGCCAUAAAGAUCUUACAAUUUAAAAAAGCUCAGAUUUCCAAGGCGCGUAAGGAUUUGCUGCUGACUUACAAAGCAAAGCAAAGGGAUCUCGGUGUCCCAUUAGAGGAGCUUUGUGCAAACCCGUUUGAAAGCAGUCUUGCUGGGAAAAGUCUGGGACCGGACUUGGAUCUUGGCUUUGCCCAAAAAUGA